CUGAGAGAGGCAGAGAGAGAGUAUAGGACAGAACUCAUUCUUCUACCAGAGUAUAGGACAGAACUCAUUCUUCUACCAGAGUAUAGGACAGAACUCAUUCUUCUACCAGAGUAUAGGACAGAACUCGUUCUUCUACCAGAGUAUAGGACAGAACUUGUUCUUCUACCAGAGUAUAGGACAGAAUUAAUUAUUCUACCAGAGUAUAAGACAGAACUCGUUCUUCUACCAGAGUAUAGGACAGUACUCGUUCUUCUACCAGAGUAUAGGACAGAACUCGUUCUUCUAUCAGAGUAUAGGACAGAACUCGUUCUUCUACCAGAGUAUAGGACAGAACUCGUUCUUCUAUCAGAGUGUAGGACAUAACUCGUUCUUCUACCAGAGUAUAGGACAGAACUCGUUCUUCUACCAGAGUAUAGGACAGAACUCGUUCUUCUACCAGAGUAUAGGACAGAACUCGUUCUUCUACCAGAGUAUAGGACAGAACUCGUUCUUCUAUCAGAGUGUAGGACAGAACUCGUUCUUCUACCAGAGUAUAGGACAGAACUCGUUCUUCUACCAGAGUAUAGGACAGAACUCGUUCUUCUACCAGAGUAUAGGACAGAACUCGUUCUUCUACCAGAGUAUAGGACAGAACUCGUUCUUCUACCAGAGUAUAGGACAGAACUCGUUCUUAUAUCAGACACGAAGUGAGCGAGGAGGGUGACAUUAGUGUAACACAGCAAAGCGUUCUUUCCAUACUUCUUGGUAGAGGUCGACUCAGGCACCACCCCAGUCUGAGAAAGGGAGGAGAAAGGUCGGAGAAAAGAGAGGUGGGCUUCACCUUUUCACCUCAUGAAAUCAGAAUUUGCCAAGAGAAGCAGCGCAAUCGAAGGAGGCAGAGGUCUGGAGGUGAAGGAAGGGGUGAGAAGCAGGGGAAUAUGAACGAUCUGUGCAGCAUCAGUGGACUGGAUCCAUUAUGGGACUGGAACGUGACAUGGUACACACCUCACCCAGACCUGACCCAGUGUUUCCAGCACACGGUUCUAGUGUGGUUCCCCUGUAUCUUCCUGUGGUUCUGCAGCCCGCUAUAUCUGCUGCACCUCUGGUUCACCGACCGCGGACGCAUUCCACUCACCACCCUCUGCUGUGCCAAGACUGUAUUGGGUUUGUGUCUGGCCUCCUUCGGCUUUCUGGAGGUGUUCUACCUGCUGGUGAGAAGGAGUGCGGAGAUCCAGCAACACCUGGUCUUCCUGUUAAGCCCUGUCAUACGAAGCCUCACCAUGCUCCUAGCAGUGUGUAUGAUGCAGUGGGAGAGGAUGAAGGGAUGUCGUUCCUCCGUCCUUCUGUUUCUCUUCUGGACGCUGGCAGUGAUCUGCUCCCUCGUUCCACUCAGAGGCAACAUACAGCAGAUCGUUGACAAGUCAGCAGUUGGCACAAGACAGAGAGAGGAGGGGUCAGAAGUGCAACAGCAGGAUGGGUUCUCUACAGAUGCAAUGCCUUUUGUAGCAUUCUUCAUCUACUUCUCCCUUCAACUAACUCAGCUCAUCCUCAGCUGCUUCUCUGACCAGAGGCCCAACACAGACAAACACACCUACAGAAAGAGCCCCUGUCCAGAAGAGGAUGCCUCUUUCCUCUCCAAGAUGCUCUUCUGGUGGUUUGGAGGGCUCGUUGUCCAGGGCUAUCGUUCUCCUCUGCAAGCGGACGACCUCUGGUCUCUGAGAGACGAAGACUCUUCGGACCGGAUCAUAGCCGACCUGGAGGGAGACUGGGCCAGGGAGUGUGCCAAACUACAGCAAAUGGAGCGUAGUCUGUCAGGCUCCUGUCCAGCAGGUCCAAAGCUAACUGAGCAGACCCAGCUGCUGAAAAAGCUUAAACAGGAGCAGAGUUCGGGGUUCUGCCUGUUCAGGGUUCUGGCUCGGAGCUUCGGACCCUUCUUCCUUAGGGGGACCUUCUGCAUCAUAAUCCACGAUGCCUUCAUGUUCUCCGUACCACAGGUGCUCAGCCUGUUGCUGGGGUUCAUGCAUGACGAAGACUCCCCUCUGUGGAAGGGCUACAUGUUUGCCUUCCUGAUGUUCCUGCUGUCCAGCCUCCAGUCCCUAUUCAACCACCAGUACAUGUACUCCUGUUUCACCGUAGGAAUGAGGGUCAAGACCGCCGUCAUGGGCCUCGUUUACAGGAAGUCUCUGUUGAUCAGCGGCGCAGCGCGGCGGUCCUGUACGGUAGGUGAGAUCGUUAACCUGGUGUCAACCGACACUCAGAAACUAAUGGACAUGGUUGUGUACUUCAACGCCGUGUGGGUGGCGCCCAUCGAGAUCACUCUCUGUCUCUUCUUCCUGUGGCAGCGUCUGGGUCCGUCAGCCUUAGCAGGCAUAGCCACAGUGAUCCUGAUCUUUCCUCUCAAUGGCUUUAUCGCCAAGAUGAGGAGCAAGCUGCAGGAGGUCCAGAUGCGCUACACAGACAGCCGGAUCAAACUGAUGAAUGAGAUCCUGAGCGGUAUUAAGAUUCUGAAGUUCUAUGCCUGGGAGCGCGCCUUCCUGGAGUGGGUUUUAGGGUACAGGGAGAAGGAACUCAAUGCCCUGAAGAGAUCCCAGGUCCUUUACUCCAUCUCCAUCGCCUCCUUCAAUUCCUCUUCCUUCCUGAUAGCGUUUGCCAUGUUCGGUGUCUACGUUCUUAUCGAUGACAAGAACGUCCUCGAUGCCCAGAAGGUGUUUGUUUCCAUGGCGCUGAUCAACAUUCUGAAGACGCCCCUCAGCCAGCUGCCCUUUGCCAUGAGCACAACCAUGCAGGCCAUCGUGUCUCUAAAGCGUCUAGGAAAGUUCCUGUGCCAGGAUGAGCUAAAGCCUGACAGUGUCAACAGAGAAUUAUACAGCCCUGAGGGAGGUGACGGGGUGGUGAUCGAGAGUGGCACGUUUGGCUGGUCCAAGGAGGGACCUCCCUGCCUGAGGCGGAUCGACGUGCGGGUGAAGAAGGGUUCUCUAGUGGCCGUGGUGGGGCACGUGGGGAGUGGCAAGUCCUCCCUGCUGUCCGCCAUGCUGGGGGAGACGGAGAAGAGGAGCGGCCAGGUCUCAGUCAAGGGCUCGGUGGCCUACGUACCUCAGCAGGCUUGGAUCCAGAAUGCCACCCUGAAAGACAACAUCAUGUUUGGUCAGGAGAGGAAGGAGAGCUGGUACCACAGAGUGGUGGAGGCCUGCGCCCUGCUGCCAGACCUGGAGAUCCUGCCUGCUGGAGACGGCACCGAGAUCGGGGAGAAGGGUUUAAAUUUGUCAGGAGGCCAGAAGCAGAGGGUCAGUCUGGCCAGGGCGGUCUACAGGAAGGCUGAUGUCUAUCUCCUAGACGACCCGCUGUCUGCUGUUGACACCCAUGUGGGUCAACACAUCUUCGAAAGGGUGGUUGGACCCAGAGGGCUCCUCAAAGACAAGACUCGUGUCCUGGUGACCCACGGUCUGAGCUACCUGCCCCAGGCUGACCUGAUCCUGGUGAUGGUGGAGGGAGAGAUCACGGAGAUGGGCUCCUAUCUGGAGCUGAUGGGGCGCAAGGGAGCCUUUGCUGAAUUCAUACGUGUCUUUGCUGGGAACGAGCACAAGGAGCGCUCACAAAUGGGUACCAGAAGGUCUGUGUCUCGCCUGAGUAUGACAGACUUCUCCAUAGACCUCUCUCAGGAACAACUCAUCAGUGGUGACAUGAUGAGCAGCGCCAGUGUUCAGACCAUGGAGGCCUCAGACACGGAGGAUAUGGAGCCAGCAGAAGACGUGGGCAGACUGACGGAGGCAGACAAGGCCAACACUGGGAGGGUGAAACUCCAGAUGUAUGUGGAGUACUUCCGGACCAUCGGGACUGCCCUCAUUAUCCCCAUCAUCUUGCUCUAUGCCUUCCAGCAGGCCGCCUCCCUCGCCUACAACUAUUGGCUGAGCCUCUGGGCCGACGACCCAAUCAUCAAUGGCACCCAGAUCGACACAGAUCUCAAAUUGGGCGUGUUCGGAGCACUGGGGUUUGCUCAGGGCGUGGCUAUCUUCGGCACUACCGUGGCCAUAUCGCUGGGUGGGAUCAUUGCCUCCCGCCACCUCCACCAGGACCUCCUCAGCAACGUCCUGCGCUCCCCCAUGGCCUUCUUCGAAGUCACGCCCUCAGGAAACCUCCUCAACCGCUUCUCCAAGGAGGUGGACGCCAUCGACUGCAUGAUCCCUGACGGUCUGAAGAUGAUGUUGGGGUACCUGUUCAAACUGCUGGAGGUCUGCAUCAUCGUUCUGGUGGCCAUGCCCUUCGCUGGGGUGGUGCUGCUGCCACUGACGCUGCUGUACGCAUUCAUACAGAGUUUCUACGUGGCCACAUCCUGUCAGCUUCGUCGGCUAGAAGCAGUCAGCCGUUCUCCCAUCUACACCCACUUCAACGAGACGAUCCAGGGAGCCAGCGUGAUCCGAGCCUUCUCAGAGCAGGAGCGCUUCAUACAGCAGGCCAACACACGCAUCGACCACAACCAGACAUCAUACUUCCCACGCUUUGUAGCCACCAGAUGGUUGGCAGUGAACCUGGAGUUCCUGGGGAAUCUGUUGGUGCUGUCGGCGGCCACCUUGGCUGUAAUGGGCAGGAACACACUGAGCCCAGGCAUAGUGGGACUGGCUGUGUCACACUCCCUACAGGUGACCGGUAUCCUGAGCUGGAUUGUGAGAUCCUGGACUGAUGUGGAGAACAACAUAGUGUCUGUGGAGAGAGUCAAAGAAUAUGCAGACACACCUAAGGAGGCUCCAUGGACCAUCGAAGGCAGCACACUCCCCCUGGCCUGGCCCAUCCACGGCACCAUGGAGCUGGAGGAGUAUGGAUUGCAGUACCGCAAAGGACUGGACUGGGCCCUCAGGGGCGUCUCCCUCAGCAUCCAGGAGAGAGAGAAGGUUGGAAUAGUGGGCCGGACUGGAGCAGGGAAAUCCUCCCUGGCAUUGGGAAUAUUCCGGAUACUUGAAGCAGCAAAGGGAGAGAUUUACAUAGACGGGAUAAACAUAGCUCAGAUUGGACUGCAUGAGCUGCGCUCCAGGAUCACCAUUAUACCCCAGGACCCAGUGUUGUUCUCUGGCUCUCUGAGGAUGAAUCUGGACCCCUUUGACAGCUAUUCUGAUGAGGAGGUUUGGAGAGCGCUGGAGCUCGCCCAUCUCAAGAGCUUUGUUUCAGGCCUGCCAGACAAACUCAAGCAUGAGUGUUCAGAGGGAGGAGAGAACCUCAGUUUGGGUCAGCGCCAGCUGGUAUGUCUGGCCCGAGCCCUCCUGAGGAAGACUAAGAUCCUGGUUCUGGAUGAGGCCACGGCUGCCGUGGACCUGGAGACAGACAACCUGAUCCAGUCCACCAUCAGAACCCAAUUUGAUGAUUGCACUGUCCUGACCAUCGCUCACAGAUUAAAUACCAUCAUGGAUUACACCAGGGUGAUAGUGAUGGAUAGAGGUCUGAUAACAGAGAUGGACUCUCCCUCCAACCUCAUCUCCCAGAGGGGACAGUUCUAUAGUAUGUGUCAGGAGGCCGGCCUGGUUUGAACCCUCCCCAGCCAGGAGGCCUGGGUAUCGGGCAAACCCUGCCACAUCAUGUCCCUACCACACCUGUAGGGCUGGAGGAUUAUUUUUCAAAUAGCACUAAAACUGAAAAAGUCUACUACAAAAAAUAUACUUUGUUUGUAAACUCUUCCCUUAUUUGGAAGUCCUGCAGAUGAGCAUUGUGGCUCAAGAUGACUUAGCCUCUUUUAUCAGAAACAUAAACAAUCAAACGUGUCACUGUUGCCAUGGCGAGAACAUCUGAAGACAGUCAGGAAGAAGGUACGUGUUUGUGACUGACAGGUGCAUCCCAAACACAACCCUAAUCCCUACUUAGUACAUCUGACCACAUCGUUUGUACUACAGCACGAGUUCCCUUCUGCGUUCGGAGUGUCCCAGAAGUAUGCCUUCAUAUUCAUUAUACCAGUACCUUCAAUCUACCAGCAAGCCUUCAAUCUACCGGCAAGCCUUCAAUCUACCAGCAAGCCUUCAAUCUACCGGCAAGCCUCUACCAGCAAGCCUUCAAUCUACUGGCAAGCCUCUACCAGCAAGCCUUCAAUCUACUGGCAAGCCUUCAAUCUACCGGCAAGCCUCUACCAGCAAGCCUUCAAUCUACUGGCAAGCCUCUACCAGCAAGCCUUCAAUCUACUGGCAAGCCUCUACCAGCAAGCCUUCAAUCUACCGGCAAGCCUCUACCAGCAAGCCUUCAAUCUACUGGCAAGCCUCUACCAGCAAGCCUUCAAUCUGCCAGUAGGUUUCAUGAGUCUUCUCAAGUAUUCCCUGUGGAUAGGUCAAAUAUACCCAGGUUCCUCAUUCUCCCCAGGUUCCUCAUUCUCCCUGUAGAUGGGCCAUGUACCCUCAGGGUUCCCUGUACCCCUGAUAGAGAACCAUUAGAAUAGUGUUCUAUUUGGGCAGUAGACUCUUUCCUGAAGACAAUGAAAGUUUUCCUAAAUUAAACUAUGAACUCUUUGUAUAACGGGGGAUGCUGUUGACCUCUUGUGGCCUUGUCUGGGACACUUUCAUGUCAAGAUGAGGAUGAGAUGAAAAAGGGAUGAAUAACAGGUGCUUUGUGAGCAAUCUAUGUAGCAGGCCAAAAAACACACACUGCCAAUACACACUCUUACACACGCACACAACACAACAGACAGACACAUUGGUGCUAAGGAGGCUAUUAGUAUAGAAGACAAUCAGAUACACCAAGAAGCUGAAGUCAGGCUCAACUGUCAACUUGAAAUGUGAACAUACUGCCAAAAGGUGAACGAUUUGUGUACGUUUGUGGAAUUGUUGUUUCUUUUCAUGUAUUGGGACAAAUAAAACAAAGAAAAUGGGAAAAAAGUAAAAAGGGUAAAAAGAAUGUAUGACUUCUGAAACUAAACAGUUUAGAGUCUAAAGUAUAUUUUAAAGGUUACUAUUGUUUUAUAAGGACACAACCUGAUCUACAUUCCACAGGUUAUUGUUUUAUAAGGAAAGAACCUGAUGUAUAUUCUACAGUUUGCAAAGUCUGUAUCUGUUCUCAGUAAAACUUGCAUACAAGGUCCAACCAUAACUACCAUAAAUCUUCUGUACUGGCACACUAUGGGGAAACUUCCACAAUGAGCACCAAUAUGUUGUUAACUGCCUUGCUCAGGGACAGAAUGACAGAUUUUCUUCCUCUCAAUUUGCCAGUCCCGGGAUUCAAUCCAGCAACCUUUAACAGCUGUGGAAAUUGAGAUCUCUGAUGCAACAAUAAAAGCUGAGUGGUGACUGUACCGGUCUUCACACCUCCGUUUGAACCAUGGUACCCUAUUCUCUUUGUUAAGCAGUACUUUUCACCAGGGUCUGUGGGGAAAAGUGUGCCAUUGUGUAGAAAUACAUAGCUCAGUACCAGUAGUAUAACACAUUAAGAAUGUACUUUAAUGAAGCCCCAACAACUGAAAUGUCUCCUCAGUGUUCACCAUCUCAGUCGGAUUCAGCUGUAGGAAUACGGUUUCCACGGUGACAGAGAU